CUUUGUGGUGUAGAAAGCUUCGUGUGAGCGUUCGCAACCACACAUCCUUCAGUCAGUCCUUAGCUUACAGUCGCUCGUGUCGGACGCGUACUCGUUUGCUUCCCGAUAUCCCAGUAUCGUCUGCUCCCUUCACAGCUGUCGGCUUCCGGUGGGUAAAUUAGCUGCGUUUGGGCUAGCAACGUUCCGCCACGUUCCCACCGCUCGCGGAACGACCAAUAAAGUUGUGUCAGUCGCCGUUUGCUGCCACCAGCCUGCUUCGAUUGGUUGAGUUGAUUGAUUGAUGUGACGAUUUAGUGAGUGAAGUGAUUGCUGGUGUCUGUGAUUUGUGUGCACUACGCACAAGCAAUGGGUGCAAUGUAAAACUGUAGUGCGUCAUCGGGCGAGCUCCGUGCUUUUGCAGUGCUUUACACAGUGGGUUUUGUAUCAGUUUAAACAUGUGCUCGCAAAGUGUGGUAAACAGGAAUGCAAACAAUCAAUGUGUCCAUAAAUAAUGACCACCGUUGUCUUGGCCGUGGACAAGCCUGUGGAUGUGAAAUGCGGGAAAGCAGCAACACACUAACACGGUUAGUGUGGCCCACACCCAGCACGAACAACGGAGCCCAGCGUGCUAGACAGGCGAAAGUGCUCGAGUAGAGCGUUUGAGCUUGAACCCAAACCCUCACACCGAUAACAAGCGGUCAACGCGGUGUGGAAAGCAAACAAAAGAAAGAAGGAAAAGAAAAACAGGGGGAAAACAAUCAAAAGAUAAAGAAGAAAACGCGUUCGCGCCGGACAAAAAAAAAUAAACCACGAGACCCACUCUUACCACCAUGGACAACCUUACGGCCGAGCUGUCAAACUUUACCGCCGCCCCCACGGCGGACGGGUUCGUGGGGCCAGUGACAGCCGGGCAGCUGGCUGGCGCCGUCAUGUCAACGCUGCUGGUGCAGCUCGUAACGGCAGCAACAAGUAGUUCCCGGACACCGACAACCUCCUUACCGCCGCCCCUGCCCACUGCCGAGGAAGAGCGCGACCAUUACUACGACCCGAAGCACACGACCGGACCCACGCCACCGCCGGCAGUGGGACUGAACGAGACCGAGCCUAAUUUAUGGUUCGUAACCUCGUUAGCUCUCUCUUCCCGAUCUCAGCAGCAGCAACAACAGCAGCAACAACAGCAGCAACAACAUCAUCAACAGCAUCUGCACCACACGACGACGGGAAGUGGCAGCGGAAGCGACAGCAGCACCGGGCUGGGAGAGGUUUCCCCCGUCACACUUUCCACCGAAUGGCCGCGUCUCGCUCGAUUACUUCUGCUGGCCUGCCUAUCCGUCGUCGGCAGUAUCGGCAACGUUUUCAUGAUAUCGUCCGUUAUGAUAGAGGACCAUCUGAAGAAAGCAGGCAAUGCAUUCAUAGUGAACAUAGCGCUCGCAGAUUUACUUAUCACUAGUGUAGUGAUGCCAGCGUCCACCAUCGUCCUGCUGGCUGGCAUCGACAAUUCCGACACGGAAGUAUGCAAAUUUCACUGGUUCUUAGCUGCUUGCUCGUUUUUGGUUAGCAUUUUAACAUUAGCCAUGAUGGCGGUUGAGAACUAUCUGCGCCUUUGCACGUUCCAGAACGAGCGCGGCUGGUUCAACAAAACCAACACGACGGCGAUCCUGCUGCUGAUCUGGGCGGUGGCCUGCAUCGCGUCCGGCAUGCAGUUCGUGUACGACAUCCGGUUCGACUACUGCAACUGGCGCGCCCGGCAGGCCAGCAUCCCGCACGAGGCGGGCGUGGUCGGGCUGAUCGUGCUGCUGCCGCUGCUGCUAACCUUCAUCACGCACAUCCGCAUCAUCGUGGACGUGAAGCGCACGAUGGCGCUGCCCAACUUUAAGCCGAGCCUCGCCUACACCUGGGACCUGUCGCUCGCCCGCACCAACUUCUACAGCUUCCUCAUCUUCGUCGUCUUUUGGCUGCCGUUCUGCGUCAUCUUCGCGUACGGCACGGCCCGCCUCGUCUCGAACCGCGUGUUCUACACGACCGUCUGGAUCGGGCUGUCCAAGUCCUGCUUUCACAACGUCAUCUACUGUCUCACCAAUCGGCACUUCCGCAGCGCCUACAUCAGCCUGUUCAACUACUGCUGCUGCAAGACGACGGUGGCCGUCUCGCGGCGCCAGCGGGCGGACGGUGGCAACCGGCCGACGGCGGACGUGCGCGUCCACAUCAUACCCGGCUACAACAUGUACUCGUACACCAGCCCGCAGCGCUCCGGCAACUGCCACGGCCACUGGGGCAAGCGGGACUGUCACGAGUUAUGAUCGGAAACGUAGCUAAAUUAAUCGAACCGUACCGCUGCUCCGGUCGGGGGCUGUGCGAGUUGCGCGGAUCGAUUAAUUUAAAUGCAAGAGUGGUGGGGAGGGGGAGAGGGGGGGGGGCAGUCAGGUCAACGGCCCGGUUGUGGGUGGUUCGAGGGAUUCCGAUCGAUUUGUUUCGAACGGAGCUCUUAUCGGUCUUCAAUUUUAAGGGAUUACAGUCGUGGCGGUCGCUUCGGAGGGCGUGCGAACAACGUCAGCUGUUUGUAUGGACAUUGGCUGCGGUUGGUUUCUUAGCGAACCCUCUAGAAUGGAGAAAUGGAGAACUAAAAACAGAUCAGUAAUUUGUGCUGGGUGGAGCUUUUAGUAAGGCGGACCGGAUUUUCCACACACACACACACACCCUCUGCCCCAGCAGCUGGUAGGUUCUCACGUGCUUUCUCACGUAUGAAGCUAUUAUUAUCCUUACUCUAGAGCGUGUUACGCCAACCGUGUCCCUUCAUUAAGAGAUUACACACCCCUUCUUAAGUUUUGUUCGGGCAGCCUGAGACGGUCGUGAUGGUUCAUUACAUUUUAAAACGAAAUUGAUUUUGGUGUCGUUUUAUGGGAUAAUUAUUUAAGUCCGGAGCGAUUGGUUUGGGGCGAACAGACACAAAAGAGGUCGACGUGGAUAACUCAUCGCGAAGACAGCGGGGGCCUAAUCUUAUCCAAAGUUUGUGCUUCUCUUAACUAUUAACUACUUUACAAUGCGUUUCUACUUUCAUUCUUAUCCUACAACAAGCUUUGCAAAAGCCACACCUUACUCUAACCGCGUACUAACACUGAUCACUUGUUCCUCUCUACCGUAAUGUCCACAUGAAAACGCUUACCAACAACACAUAAAUGGGGCUAACAAAUCGAUCUUUUUUUGUUUGUGAUGAACUACUACCUGUCCGCACUGUGCUGUGUGCGGGGACGAAUGUGUACUCAUUAAAAAAUGAAACGACAAGCGCAAUGAAUGCUUAUGCUAACAAACCAGAAAGGGUUGAAUUGUGUUGAAAAGAGGGACUUUGGAACAGUCGUACGAUACGAGGGCACAAUAAAGGAAUGCAAAUAGAAGGGAAUAAAAACAUAAAUACACACACAAAUACACACUUAUCAUAAUGCAAACUUGAUUGUUCAUGUCGUCGCCACACGUAUGCAGCAGCGGGAUCGGCGAUAAAUGUUUCCCGACACUACCUACACUGCGUACCCCGAAGUUUCUUUGAUUGGCCAGCAGACUCGUGAGAGGCUAACACUGUUUUCCGGCUCAGGUUAUCAAUGUGAACAGCAUUAUUCAAAGCUUGCAAGAUGUUUUUCAACAGCUGUUAUUCUUUGUGACAGCUGGGCUGUUAAAAAAGGGUCUUGCGAGUGUUGAAUAAUGCCGUUCACAUUAGAAACUGACCCAGAAAACAAUGUAUGGUAAAAUAAAUAAUUUAAUUUAAUAAAAGAUAAUUUUUUAAUGGUUUUUAACAGUAUCUAAGGCGCCAGUUAGGGUUAGUUUGUAUUCAGGUCCGUUGUCUUUGGUGGUUGUUAGUUGCCAAGAAGAUCUAAAAUUAUAUUUUAAUUUAGUUUUUUUUUUCAUUAGUGAUUUAAUAAAAAUGAACAUGAAACAUUGGUUUUUGAUGAUAUCUCGAAAAAAGACCCAUGCAAAUGUUGAGGAAAUGUAGAGAUAUUCUAUACCUUAACUACUAACUCUAUUUUCUACAGUAACAUGGUACAUAAAUCAUAUUUUAUUUUGCCAUUCUCCGCUGACACCACACAUUUCACGCAUGUACACAUUUGAAAUUUGUUGUGAAGAAAUAUACAGUCUUUCCCCGAGUUACGCGACACUCGAGUUACGCGAAUUCGAGUUACGCGAAUUUUUAUUUUUGACAGUUCAGAUGUCAAAUCAGUACAAUUUUCUCCAUCAAUUAUCAAAUGAAAAAUAAUUACCGAUAAAUAACCAAAUUUUCUACACCAAUUGCAUCAAAUAAGUAUUAAAUUACAUAAAUGAACUAAAUUCAAUCAAAAAUUAUGACAAAUAAAGUAUAUUUUUGCUGUAACAUGUGAUAUUCGACUUACGCGAAAAUCCGAGUUACGCGAAUGUCUCCGGAACGCAUUAUUCGCGUAACUCGGGGAAAGACUGUAACAGAUAGAUUGAAUAAGAGUUAAACACUUUUUUAUGGGUAAAUGUAAAACAUAUCAUCUUACUUUAACUUACAGAGUGUUUCAAUAUCUUUGAAAUAUUUGUCACACAUUUUUAAAUACUUCCUACGUAUUAUUGGCUUUUUUAAUGGAAAAAUGUUAUAUUUGAUUCAAAAAUAUAGCAAAAACUGUGUGUGAAAAACUGUAUGCAAAAAAUUAAGUAUGCUCUCAUUCUUUAUUAUGUUUUAUAUUAGAGUUGUAUGACCAUCGGUAGCGCUGUUGAGCUGUCUGAGGUCGGCAAAGAAUCGUGGAAUUGCUAAUUUUGAAAUUGUUUCAAAUUUAUUACUUUCCAAAGGUAUUCAUAGUUACAGAUCUCUCUUCAGAUCUUCGUGGAAAUACGUUGCAGAAGUUUGUUUUACAACACACAAGAGGUUAAAAAAACAAUGUCUAGUUUCAGUACAGUUCUUUAGGUUUCAUCCUGUUUUUGAAAAAGUUUGCCACCCCCGCGAGUUUUUAAGUAUCAAAUUGCUGGUUCAUCAGAGAUGUAUGAAGUACCCGUUCAAUUCCAUUCGUAAAUUACAUUUCUCAUUUUUCUCCUCACUGUUAAAAGACAGGAUACAUAAUUUGCCAACAAAAAAACGUAACUUGCUCGGUAAUUAUUAUUUUUUAUUCAUUAAGUUCAAAACGCCAACGUUGAUUUCAAAAUGUUACAAUAUUUAUUCGUUAUUACAUACUUCAAAUAAUGCUUGUGGUAAACAUUUUUAGAACAGUACAACGAACCAGGACAUGGAAAUUUAAUUUAAUAUGCUAUUACAGCCUUCGCCAUCCUGCUUUCUGUUGCAUUAAGCGGCCACAAAGAAACUGGACGCAGUGUAUCAAUACAGCUACUACUUAAACUACUACUACUACUACUGUUACUUCUACUAUUACUAAUGCUACUACUACUAAUAAAUGCCCGCCGCCGUAGAUUUGAUGUUUAAAUGUGACUGACCGUAACCAAUUGAAGCGCAUAGGGCGGUGUGAAGUGUGUAACUCACCCCCUACUAACUGUGAGCAAAUCUCUUAAAACAUGCCCUAACAAUUUGAUGUAACUGUAAUUGAAACGUUUAAAGGCGUACAGGUUGAACUAUAUGCUCGGUGGGAAUAAAUGAGUUAAACAUAUGGAAAGACCCAUGUAUACAAUAAAUUCUACCCCUUCUAAUAUCAACGCUGAGGUGUUCGUGCGGUACUGCAUACCGGGUUGAAAGUGUAAAACAGAUAACAAUAAUUUCUGGAAAAGUAAAUGUACACGAUAACCCCAAGAAAAACCAAAGACUUGCCCGCACUGAAAAGCUGGAACGUAGCAAUUGACUAGUAGACCAACCAAACCGCAAAAUAUACUUAGGAGCACGUGAGUAGCUAGCCGUGACAAUGAUAGGCACAAUGAUCGCGAAAUAAUUAAAAAGGCCAGCCGAGCAUAGCUAACUAUUUUAAAGGGUAUAUAUAUACACACAGCCACACAGAACUGUUGCAACAUAAAGCCGUUGGUUUUUUUUGUACAUAUACAUACUAUAUACACUAUACAACUAUAUAAUGUAUACACCCAUACAUAUUAUACAGAUAUAGAUGGAAGUAUAUACCUAGAGCGCGGCCGAGUCCGAUGUAUCCUUGUGUUUGUAGAGCUAAAGCUAAAACAUAACCGGUGUGAUUGUUCAACUGAAAACCUUACAGAUAUUGACGUAUUGACGUAUAUUGAUUGUGAUGCAGGGCAAACCCCGCCACAACUGAAACUUAAAUAUCAAACACUAUCGGAACGGAGCGAAGAAACAGAGCACAAGAAGAACACAAAAGCACGACUGAUCCUCUUCUACUAGACAUGCCCAUGAGAGGUGGGGAAGCAAACGAUUCUAAUACAAUAUAGUGGCCCUGCAAAGAGAGUGUAAACUGGACAAAUAGAACCAGUACACGCCGUACGGCAGAAUGGAAAACCAAUACGACUCCAAGGGAACAAUAGAAAUGAACUUAUGUUGAGACGACGUAGCGUACAGCGUAGGUGGGAAACUGCAUCUGUGCAGUUCAAUAAUGCAAGGCGUGCGCGCACACCCGCUCACACGCUUAUACACACGGUCUAAAGUGGCACGAUGGUGGACAAAUAACGCUGCCUCCCUUUUGCUUGCCCUUGAGCCGUUCCUUCGCAGCCGUUCCGUUCCGCCGAUGACUAACAUGUAUGCAAACAGUCAAAGUCAUUCGUUGUGAACCGCGGAAUCGAACAGAUACCCUUUUAAUGGUUUUAUUUUUCUAACAACACUUCGUUCCCUUGCUCUCUUUUCACAGACAAGAUGUCUUGUCUGUGUCCUUAUCGAUGUUCGCGAAAUGAAAAAUGCAACUUGUUCCUUGAACGUUGGCGUCCCUCUGCGAAGUUUCUUCUGUUUUCCAACAAUUUAAAAAAAAUCGUCCACCAUCGAUUGCCGCCGGUCGGUUAGGUCGGGGGGGUUAUCGAUACGGUGGGUGUUUUGUAACUGUGGUGUUUUAUGUACCGUGUCCGUGUCCGUGUUUUCUGCAGUUUUAAAUUGCCUUUCUCGAAUACACAUGAAUAGCUGUGAUGAUGAUGAUUAUAACACGUUUACCUAUAAAUAAUCGAAAGCUACUAGAGCGGGAACCGUAUAAUACAGAGGUGAGGGAGAAAACCGGCCAAUAUGUGGUUUAUGUUAACCGUUAACGUCGCCAGUAGCUCGACGCACUCCAAAAAUGGCUGCCAAGACGCCAAAAACAUGGCAUGCACGUCCGACAGGAAAAAGGUUCCUUCCCGGCCAAGGAUUCAGGCAAUUAAAGGUAGGCUCUAAGUCUGUGAAUGGAACAAAUUUUAAUUGGCUUGUUGACGGUAGGAACGGUUCCCGAAACUGGCCCCAUAAAUAUACCGAAGGAGUGUAUGUGUGUCCGUGUGUAUGAAUGUUGGGGAUGUAUAUGUGUAAAAUGUAUUUUAAAUAGAUUCGCACUUCACAGCGGGAAAGAACAUUAGAGACAGAGCAGUAUGAAGCAGCGCUGGGCUCGAGUGCCCGAACGAAUAAAACUAUCAUCAAUACAAUACCUAGCUGUACGGAGCCUGCCAUGUGCCACCGUCUCGUAUCUUGUUAAUCAAAAACAAAACAGAAAAAACGAUGUAAUAAAAACCCGUUCCAAGCCGGACGAUUACUGAUGUAUAA